UUGAAAUUUGAAAUUAUUAGGCAGGUACCUAUUUACCUGCCACCAUAUUUAACUUUAUAAAUCUUAUCGUUAUAAUUAAAAUUGUAGUACCUAAAACUUAUUUAAAGUCUCGUUAUUUUCGUCUCUUCAUUAUGAGUACAGUGAGCCCUGAAAAUAAUACAGUACAACCAAAUAAAGAUUAUAAGAAGCAAAAAGACCAACUUUUAACUAAAAUACGUGAAUUAACAGAAAAAAUUCAACUACUUUCAUUUGCCUUGCAUCAGAAUAUUGUUGAUUUGUAUCUCAACUUCACUCCAACUAAAAGCUUGGAGCAGUUGAAUUACAAGAACAGAAAAGCCAACAUUUACAAUGAAUACGAAACGAUUCAAAAAGACGUGUCCUCAUUUGAAAAUAAAUUUAAAACAGAAGAGUUUUUGACUUAUUUCAAGAAAUUGAAUGAUUCUCAAAAACAUUUACAAAACUUGUGUGAUGUUGCAGAAGGUAAAUAUGUGUUAGAUAAGGCACAUCACGAAAUAGAGAGAUACAAUUACAGUGAGGCUAUUUUAACAGUUAAGCAACUGUUAGAUAAAUUACUUUUGUUAAAAUUUGAAAGCAAUUUGGCGAAAGCACUUACAAAUAUGAUAUCCCAAGCAGAAAAUCAAAUAGCAAUUUAUAAAGCUCAACUAAAUAUAGAAUGGGAAGAGAUAUUUACUUGGACAGAACAAAGAGGUGUAAAUCAAUUAACAUACUCUCUAACAGUACAGCAAAGUGAUCUAAUUCUAAUAAAGAAAAUAUUAAGAUCUCUGUUUGAAGCAGAAUGCCUCAAUGCAGAGCUGGGUUUGUUUUCUGAUUUCUUUAUAAAUAAAUUACUACAUAAUGUAAUUAGACAUAAUUGUGAUAUAUUUACUGAUGAUCAUGUCGGUGCAUUAGUUUUCAAUAUUAAAAUUGAUUUGAGUGAUCAGUCAAAGCCAAACUUACAAACGAUUGUAAAUAAUUUAACAGCUGUGUUUGAAUUCCUGCAGUCGACACUUGGCUCACUACUAGAAACUGAAACAACAUUUAUUGAGAUUUUCGCCAAAUCUAUAAAGACACAAUUCUUCUCUAAAAUAAUUGAGGAUUGCAUUAGAAAUAACCUACCAUCUUGUGAGAGUAGCUACGAAAACUAUAAAAACAUUGUCAUAGAACUUGAAUCUUUUAAUAAGUUUUUAGUUGAUUUAAAAUUUGUUGAAGCAAAUAAAUCACCACUUGAUAAGUAUAUCAAUGACACAGAAUGUGUAUUGUAUAAUAAAAAGUGUGAUAAAUUGUUAGCCGAUGUGCGGCAACUGAUGAAUCAAAGUCUCUCAUAUCAAACUCUUACAGUAGGAACUGUAUUCGAUACAGAAAAUGAGUCUUUACUUGAUGUCACUCAGAGGUGUGUCGCAUAUGACCUUAGUAACCCAUUGUUCCUACCUAAAUGUGUUAUAUCACAAAAUGUUAAGAAAAUAAUGACAAUAAUCACAGAACACUUGGAAGAAUGUGUCAAACUGCCUGAAAAGUACAGUAAUAAGCUUGUUACUUAUAUUAAAAAGAUAGCUGUUAUGUACCAGUCUAUAGUACCAUAUAAAUUUAAAGUCAAUCUGGAAUGCUGCCCUUUGGACAUAGCUUUGUUCUUCAACAACUGCUUCUACUUGGCUCAUAGCCUGCUGGGACCUCCAUGGAAAAACACCCUGCCAGCACCAUUGGCUGACUUUCUUAAUUUAACCCUCUUGGAGUGCAUACAAGACCUCAGAAUAGUUGGAUUAGAGAAGAUUUCGAUUUAUUUGCAAAGUAGAAAAAAAUUUAUAAUAGAACAAAUGGAAACUAAUGAAUUACCAUGGACACUAGAGUCCUAUGACACAUUUAACUUUGGAGUGAAUAGUUCUCUCAGAAUAAUGAAGGAGUUGAAAAGCAAUUGGUACAAUAUUCUACCACACAAGAUGUAUGAACUGGCAUUAUGUACUUUGGUUCAAGCACUGUGUCAGAGUAUGGUAGGCAGAAUAUUUGCCGAAUCGACUCCUGUCAGUGAGAAACUUGUUUACACCCUGGCAAAUAGGUUUAUUGAUACAGCUGAGGAAAUUAAAUGUUUGUUUGAGGAUCAUGCAGUGUUAGAAAAUAAAGUGGAAAUAUGGAAGAGAUUCGCCAAAAUGCCGCAGCUCCUUAAAGCUCAAAUGUUGGAAAUAGCCGAAAUGUGGAACAGUUGUAAGGAGUUGUCUGAAAGUUAUAUCUGUGAGGAAAUCAGACAUAUUGUUAAGAUUCGGUUCCCAGAUAAUAAAUAUAGACUUAACAUUUUAAAGGAAAUACAAUGAUUAUUAUUUUGAA